GAAGAUGGCGGCUGGGGCUUGCAUAUAGAGGGUCCAAGCACAAUGUUUGGCUCAGCACUGACGUAUGUUAUUUUGAGAUUGCUUGGAGAGGGACCAGAUAGUGGAGAUGGAGCCAUGGAGAAAGGUCGAAACUGGAUUUUAGACCAUGGUGGAGCAACAUUUAUAACAUCAUGGGGAAAGUUUUGGCUCUCGGUAAUUGGUGUGUUUGAAUGGUCUGAUAACAACCCAGUGCCACCAGAAGUAUGGCUGCUACCAUAUAUCCUGCCAUUUCAUCCAGGGAGGAUGUGGUGCCAUUGCCGAAUGGUGUAUUUGCCAAUGUGUUACAUUUAUGGGAAGAGGUUUGUCGGCAGAAUCACACCACUUGUGUUGGAAUUAAGAAAGGAACUCUUCAAAGACCCUUACAACAAGAUUGAUUGGGACAAGGCCCGCAAUCAAUGUGCUAAGGAAGAUCUGUACUAUCCACACCCAUUCGUUCAAGAUGUCUUAUGGGCUACACUCCAUAAAUUUGUCGAACCAGUUAUGUUGCAUUGGCCUGGGAGCAAAUUGAGAGAGAAAGCUCUGGAAACUGUCAUGCAGCACGUUCACUAUGAAGAUGAGAACACUCAGUACAUUUGCAUUGCUUCUGUAAACAAGGUAUUAAAUAUGCUUGCUUGCUGGAUCGAAGAUCCAAACUCAGAGGCAUUCAAGCUCCACAUUCCGCAAGUCUAUGAUUACUUGUGGCUUGCUGAAGAUGGCAUGAAAAUGCAGGGUUAUAAUGGUAGCCAGCUUUGGGAUACAGCUUUCACAGUUCAAGCUAUUGUGGCUACCAACCUUAUUGAAGAGUUUGGUCCCACCCUUAAACUAGCACACGACUACAUUAAGAAUGCACAGGUUCGUGACGACUGCCCUGGAAAUCUGGAUGACUGGUACCGCCACACAUCUAAAGGUGCAUGGCCAUUCUCUACUGCCGAUCAUGGUUGGCCUAUAUCAGAUUGCACUGCAGAAGGACUGAAGGCCUCAUUAUUGUUAUCAAAGAUAUCUCCUGAAAUUGUUGGCGAAUCGCUGGAAGCUAAUAGAUUUUAUGAUGCUGUCAGCUGUCUGAUGUCUUAUAUGAAUGAUAAUGGUGGUUUUGCCACAUAUGAACUCACAAGGUCUCAUGCCUGGCUGGAGCUUAUUAAUCCUGCUGAGACCUUUGGCGACAUUGUGAUUGAUUGCCCGUAUGUUGAAUGUACAUCAGCAGCAAUUCAGGCCCUGACAUCAUUCAGAAAGCUCUACCCGGGGCACCGCAAGAAAGAGGUUGACAACUGUAUCAGUAAAGCUGCUAGUUUCAUUGAGAGUAUUCAGAAAAGCGACGGCUCAUGGUAUGGCUCUUGGGCUGUUUGUUUCACCUACGGCACUUGGUUUGGUGUGAAGGGAUUAGUUGCUGCUGGUAGGACAUUCGAGAACAGUCCUGCAAUCAGAAAGGCAUGCGAAUUUCUGUUAUCAAAAGAGCUUCCUUCUGGUGGUUGGGGAGAAAGCUAUUUGUCGUCUCAAGACCAGGUUUACACCAAUCUCAAAGGCAAGCGAGCUCAUGCAGUGAACACUGGUUGGGCCAUGCUGUCACUGAUUGGUGCAGGACAGGCUGAGAGAGAUCCAACACCUCUACACCGAGCAGCAAAGGUUUUGAUCAACUUGCAAUCAGAGGAUGGAGAAUUUCCUCAGCAUGAAAUCAUUGGAGUCUUCAACAAGAACUGCAUGAUCAGUUACUCCCAGUGCAGGAGCAUCUUCCCAAUUUGGGCUUUGGGAGAGUACCAGUGCCGAGUCCUAGGCGCUGGCAAGAAGUAGUGUGAUCCCAGUGUG